GCAGUCCACCUGGUGGCCUUCCUGCUCCUCAAGUAUCGCACCCAGCAGCCGACCAGCCAGGCAGAGAUGCUGGAGAUCGUCGGCGAGGAUGACCAGGACGCCUACCCCGUGCUCUUCGGCCAAGCCUCCAAGUGCAUGCAGCUGGUCUUUGGUGUGGAUGUGAAGGAAGUGGACCCCAGCGACCACUCCUACAUCCUGGUCCCUGUCCUGGGCCUCACCUGGGAUGGGAUGCUGAGCGGUGGGCAGGGCUUGCCCAAGACCAGCCUCCUAGUGCUGGUCCUGGGGCUGAUCCUCCUAGAGGACGACCGUGCCCUUGAGGAGGAUGUGUGGGAAGAGCUGGGGGUCAUGGGGGUGUAUGCCGGCCAGGAGCACAUCAUCUAUGGGGAGCCCAGGGAGCUCCUCACCAAUGUCUGGGUACAGGAAGGGUACGUGAAGUACCGGCAGGUGCCCGGCAGCGACCCUGCCCGCUACGAGUUCCUGUGGGGUCCCAGGGCCCACAACGAGACCAGCAAGUGGCAAAUGCUGGAUUAUUUCCUCCGGCUCGAUCUCGAGGAGCCGGCUUCCUCCCUGGCCGUGUCUGAAGGGGCUGUGAGAGAUGAGGAAGAGGGGACCUGA